AUGGCUGGCCCUCACGAGGCUCAUGAUGCUGCAGCUACAGAUCCGACGCUACUCAAGGAUAACUCCGAGCUGAAGAGCUACCUUGUGGGCGGCUUCGACUACAGAAUUCGAGUCUUCUAUCGGCGUCAUCCUAAGGCCGAUGAACUGCCAACAGAUCCCGCUCCCCUGCCGCUGCUCGUAUUCAUCCAUGGCCUUGGUGGAUCAGUUGCUCAGUUCCAUCCUCUGCUGUGCAGUCUUUCCAACAAUGGAUCCUGCCUGGCCAUCGACCUUCCAGGCUGUGGCCGCUCCGACUUUGCUCCGACGUUGUGGGACGCAUAUACGACCGACGCUCUAGUAAAACUCCUAGAGCACGUGAUAGAAGACUACCGCGAUAAAGAAAACCGUCAAGGUGUCGUUCUCAUCGCCCACAGCAUGGGAACUGCUUUGGCAGCCCGCCUUGCGAACAAACGAGGCCCACACACCACUCCAAUAGCGUCUAAUGUGCUUGGCAUUGUUGGUAUCUGCCCAAUGUCUGGGCCGCUAAGUGAGAAGCAGGUUACCAUUUACCGCCGACUGCUGUGGGUCCCGAGUUGUCUUUUCAACCUGUGGCGAUGGUGGGAUCAACGUGGUGGGCCGGAAAGCGCCAGUGUGAGACGGUUUCUUGGUCCGGAAGCGGAUCCGUUGUCGCGUGAACUUCAAAAUCGAUAUAACAAGCAAAGUCGAACGCCAGUAUUUCGACGUAUGGCAUGGGGCAGCCUGCCUGUCUACAUCAAAGCAAAACCUACCGGUGGGUUGUUCGGAGAAGCAACGUGGGCUGGACUCGAUAUACCCGUCUUUCUCGUUGGAGGCGAAAAGGAUACUAUUCUACCGCCACAGGAGGUCGAUAAGAUUGCCAAGCUCUUGGAAUCGGACGAUGCCUCCCCUGACACCAACGGAACGAGUUCUACGCGAACCAUUGUCGACUCGGCAAUGCCUGUUGUAACGUCAGUGGACCCUCGUGACCACCUUCCAAAGUCAAUCGACACUAUUAGUGACAAGGACUUUGUACGAAAGAACCAGCUGAAGAGUGUCGAGGAGAACUAUGAAGAUCCAUCAACCCCUCGGGAUACUUUGACGCCCCACGAAGCAUUGCCGAUUGUCCCUCCGCAACCUCUACACCCGAGGAAAAUGUUGCGGACUUUAAUUAUGCCAGCUCCUGCGAACCACGCACUGCUAUUCGUACCUAAGACGGUUCGAGUACUCUCGGGUCUCAUGUGCGAUUUCCUCUCGCAGCAUAUUACUGGCCGGUUCGAGCUGGGCUGGCAACUUCAGCACCUAUCGCGGGAGGGAAAGUGGGACGUCAAGAAUCUAGGCAAGUGGAAAAAGGUCCAGCCGGUCUCUGAGCCAAUUGAAGGCAUCUUCCGUGCCAUGAAGACUCUGCGAGAAGUUGAUGAGGAGCAUUCACCUAAGGAGUUAUCCCUCAGAUGGGGCAGUGUCAUCAAGGACGUUCUUGACAUCAGUCAUGACAAUCCGGUGUACGACCCACAAAGGCUCGAGAACAAUGGAAUCAAGUACCACAAGUACCCGACAGUCUCAAAGCUUGUACCCGCCGAUGAAGAGGUGGAGACCUUUAUAAAAAUUAUCGAUCUAAUCCGAGAGGAUCAGACCACGAGGGCUAAAGAAAAUGACUGGCAGGAGUACUACAUCGGUGUUCAUUGCCACUACGGAUUCAACCGCACUGGGUACUUCAUCGUAUGCUACCUGGUCGAGCGGUGCGGCCUUACCGUUGAAAAAGCUAUUGACGUAUUUGCCAAGGCGAGGCCCAAUGGAAUUCGACACGCACAUUUUCUCGACAAGCUCUUUCAGCGAUACUCUGGGUUGAAGGAGUAG